AGGAAUAUUAAGUAUUAUCACAUGCUCUGUAAAAUUCCAAUAAUCUGAUUGGUUGAUUACCGUGUGAGUUUUCCCGUCUCACACGGCCGUCUCACACGUUACUAGAGGCAACCAGUGAUGAUCAAUAGCAACGAUGUGACGUCACUGAUUAUAUCACUUCUAGCUAAGGAAAACAAUAUGACGUCAUACUAUUUCACAAACAAGUACGAAUACAACGGUAUGACGUCAUAUUGUUUCAAAGCGAAAUCAAAAAUUAUAAUAGUUACCAGAAGUACUGAACACAAUCAAGGAGGAUUGGCUCCCAGAAUGCAACACCGAUAUUCUGCAAAACAAUCACCUAGCGAUAGCUUUGUUGGAGAGUAUCGGGUCAUUCUCCAUGCAGUCGUACAAAUUAUACAGACACGAAUAGCAAAUGACGCAUGCGUGGAGAUUAAAGAAUAUCGAGUUGGAAUCCUGGCUUCCAAUCCUCCUUGGAACACAAUCAUAACUGACCAAAUCAAAAUGCUUCAAAAUUCCUAGACAUGUGAUAAAAUCGUCAUCACACGUUUCAGCUUAUGUGAUACAGGAAAUAUUCCACUCGGGUAACAAUGUAUCACCACUCAAGCUUCGCUUUCGUGGAUGAUACAGUAUUACCUUUCGUGGAAUAUUUCCUGUAUCACAUGCUGAAACGUGUGAUAACUGAUAGUAUUUCAU